CUCCGAAGAAGCAUCACCUACAGAAAGCUUUGGAUGCUCAAUCUAUCAAACUAAAUAAUUCCUGGCAAAUAAGUGUGGAGACAAAAUGCAAAGGCCUACAUGAGCUGGGAGCACGAACUGUGUAUACAGAAUCUAAAAUGGUGGAAUUUGCUACCGCACACAACAACCAAGCAGACCGUGUGCCAUAUUUGGAGAAGCAAUUAGCUAUUAUGGAAAACAAGAUGAUGAAUGCCGAAGACAGAGCACGGCGGAAUAAGUUAAGGCUCAGAGAAGUCCCUGAAACUGAGAUGCAGGAUGACUUGCCAGCAUAUUUCCAAAGCCUUAUUAAUAGUUUGAUUCCUGAAAUCCCGCUGGACAUGCUCCUUUUGGACUGA